AAAAACUUUGAGACAUUUUGGGGUAGUAUUUGUUUCGAGAAAUGAAUUGGGAAAAUUGAUUAUAUGAACAAUGUACAUUUGCUUGAUUUGGUUGAAAUUGUUAUAGAGUCACUUAGGUCUAUCCAAGCUUGCCCAAGGUCAAUAUCAGAGAGAAUAGUCCACAAGUUUGCCACAAUGAACAAGAAGCCAUCAGAUAUCAGACACAAUCCAUAUCAUGAAUUGGAAGCAGCAUAUGUAGCUCAAAUUUGCUUAACCUGGGAAGCUCUUAAUUGGAAUUACAAGAACUUUGAACGUAAAAGAGCUGCACGCAAAGAUUUUGACUGCCCUGCCAUCAUUGCUCAGCAAUUUCAACAAUUCCAAGUUCUUUUACAAAGAUACAUUGAAAAUGAGCCUUAUGAGCAAGGCCGGAGACCAGAGGUAUAUGCCAGGAUGAGGCUUUUGGCACCAAAGUUGCUUCUGGUUCCAGAAUAUCGAGAUUUUGAGGAUAAUCAAAGGGAUGAAGGUUUUGGCUCAAGAAUUUCAGCAGAUUCAUUUCUGGUGAUAAUGGAAGAUGGAAUCCAAACCUUCAUGAAUUUUCUCAAGGCAGACAAAGAGAAACCAUAUCAAAUCAUUAAAGCAUUCUUUGGGAGGAAGAGAAGAGGUUCAGUUGACCCAUCACUUGUCCAACUCAUGAAAAAAGUUAAUGUUAAAAAAAAGACGAAGCUUAAUGACCUUCGCCGGGCUCACAAAUGCAUAAGGAAAAGAAAACUGAAGGUGGUGAAAGAGAUGGAGAUAUUGAUGGGUCUAGUAGACCUGAAAGUGGUGUCUAGGGUGUUGAGAAUCAGUGAUCUAAGUGAAGAACAAUUGCAUUGGUGUGAAGAGAAGAUGAGCAAAGUGAGGAUUUUGGAAGGGGAACUCCAAAGAGAUUCCUCACCACUUUUUUUCCCAGUACAUUGACCCAUCAGUCCAAGAUUAUAUGCAAAAAUAGUGUUGUUGCUUU